AUGGAGUCAACCUUCGUUUUUCCAACCUAUGUGGCCCCAGAGCUAAACGAUACGACGGUUGUAUAUGAUAAUGUGGAAGAUCCUGAUGCGGUGACACUCCUGUCCAUACUGCUCGUCGGUAUAUUCUUGUCACUAUUAAUAUUUGUAAGUGCCGCUGGAAAUAUUCUAGUCUGUAUAGCAAUUUACACGGAUAGGGGUCUCAGGCGUAUCGGCAAUUUAUUCCUAGCAUCAUUAGCUAUCGCAGAUAUGCUAGUCGCAGCUGCUGUUAUGACAUUUGCCGGAGUCAACGAUUUGCUAGGGUACUGGGUUUUUGGUGAGCAAUUUUGCGACACGUGGGUUGCGUGUGAUGUUAUGUGCUCUACUGCCUCCAUUUUAAAUUUAUGCGCCAUCUCACUAGACAGGUACAUCCACAUCAAAGAUCCCCUCAGAUAUGGUCGUUGGGUAACAAGACGGGUCGCAAUUGUUACGAUAGCUAUGAUCUGGCUACUAGCAGUACUCGUCAGUUUUCUACCAAUAUCAUUAGGCCUUCACAGGCCACCUGAAGAAGCAGUGGCAACAGAGAAGCCCCCGAGAUAUCCAACUUGCGCCUUAGUGUUAACACCUACGUAUGCCAUCGUAUCCAGUUGUAUAUCAUUUAUAUUGCCCUGCAUUGUUAUGAUCAGUAUCUAUUGCAGGCUUUACUGCUACGCCCAGAAACAUGUGAAAUCCAUUAGGGCUGUCACGCGUACAGUUCAGCUGCCGGACAACCGGACAAAGUCCGUCCGAACAAGGGUGCACACCCAUGUACACUCUUCGCCCUACCACGUGUCCGAUCACAAAGCGGCCAUUACCGUCGGAAUCAUCAUGGGCGUGUUCCUAUUGUGCUGGGUGCCGUUCUUCUGCGUCAACAUUGUAGCGGCUUUUUGCAAGACAUGCAUACCCGAUUUGGCGUUUAAAAUUUUAACGUGGCUUGGUUACUCAAAUUCGGCCUUCAACCCGAUCAUCUACUCGAUUUUCAACACUGAGUUCCGCGAAGCAUUCAAGAAGAUACUCACGUCCAAGUAUCCGCUGUGCUGUGGCUAUCAGACUGUCAGGGCGAACACGCCUACGAGAAACGAUAACUUCGUCACCGACUAUGGUACUAAGACGCUGGUGGUGCGGAGGAGCGGAUCUCUUGGUAUGUCGGGUGUUGAUCCAACGCCUAGGUCUUCGGCGGAGUCGGUGAGGCCACUAAGGGACUACCACAUA